GACUAGCCAACUUGAGCCUAAAACUUUAGCCUAGUGCGAAAGUAAAAAGUCGCAUGACGACAUAAUUGACUUAAUCUGGGCUGUAGUCUGCUGUAAUUUUAUGAAGGACCUUAGAACCUUCUUUAUUUAUAACCUCCUUGAGUUUUAUGCAAUUCUUCCAACGUUAAUACAUAAUAGACUCUGGCUUUAAAGGUGCAGAAUCCAUCGAUCUUUGUUUACACCCGAAGCCGAAAGUCAAAGUCAAAGUUGGUUCCAGUCUCACACGUCAACUAGAAUCUAGAUCUAGAUCUAGAUUUUAAUACUAGAUCUACACUUUGGCAGUACAGGACAGGGCCAAAAUGCAGAGAAUCCCCAGAUCGAAUAUUUUAGUCUCAGUGAAGCAGCUGAAAGAUUUGGUUGAUUCAACAAGUUCUAACCACCGAGUCCUUGAUGCAUCAUGGCAUCUGCCGAACACAGGAAAAGUCGCCAAAGCUGAGUAUUUAGAAAAGCAUAUUCCAGGGGCCUUAUUUUUCGACAUUGAUGACUGUGCAGAUAAAACCACAAGCCUUCCUCACAUGAUCCCAAAUGCCAAAGGCUUUGAACAAUAUGUUGGCGCUCUCGGGAUCAACAAUAACACACAAGUUAUUGUUUAUGAUAACCACCCGCAGUUUGGUCUGUUUAUUGCUCAACGAGUCUGGUGGAUGUUUAGACUUUUUGGUCAUCAGAAUGUUUCAAUUUUAGAAGGUGGGCUUCCGAAGUGGCUGUCAGAAGGGGGAGCUGUCACAGCUGAUGUGCCUGAUGUUCAAAAGGAAGUUUUCAGCGCCCAAUUUGAUGAAAAGCUUGUCAAGUUCUAUGAAAACAUUGAGAAAAACAUUGACAGUGGAGAGUUCCAGUUGGUAGAUGCGAGGCCAGAUGGAAGAUUUAAAGGCAUUGCUCCAGAACCUAGGGAAGAUACCAAGCCUGGAUGCAUACCCAAUAGCUUGAAUGUUCCUUUCAUGGCCUGUUUGAAUGUCGAUGAUCGUACAGUGAAGACAAAUGAGGAGUUGGAGGCAUUGUUUAAAUCUUCUGGUGUUGACCUUACCAAACCACUAGCUGUCACCUGUGGAUCUGGUAUUUCCUCAUGUGUCGUAGCUUUGGCAGCCUAUCUGUGUGGCAAGGAAGAUGUCGCUUUGUAUGACGGCUCUUGGACAGAAUGGUAUAGAAGAGCACCAGCCAACCUCAAGAAGAAUGUCCCUUCUGACUAAUGGCAUGCAUGCUCAUGACAAUGAAAGUACAUUUUCUGAACAGCCUUUUUUGUGUGUAUUUCUUUCUUUUAACUGUAGAGAUCAUUAUCAUUGUUGUAGGGUUAUAAUUUCCUUAUGAAGUUUGCCAUAAAAGCUGAGUUUCACAUCAGAAAUAAGUCUGAUGUGGAAAUUUGAUACAUGUAUUGGAUAAAAUGACACUUGGCAAGUGCUCUGGGCGUGUUCAGGCCUUCAGGGGCAAGAAUCGUUGUUUUACGUUCUCUUCUCAUAGUGGUAUUUACUUCCCUUACCAUAGUCAUGCACCACCCAAUCUUACUUGAUGCUUCACUUUGUGUGCCAUUAUUAAACAGAUUCCAUUAGACAUGAAGAGAGCUGUCAAAACCAUACCUGCCGUGAGCAUGAUGUGUUUUUAGCUCAAUAAUUAAUUCUUUACAAGUACUAUUACUGUUGGGUUUUUCCUAUUAAAAGAAUUUUUAAAAAUCUCUUCCAAAAAGUUGAAAAAGUAAAAAGAAGGCUGCAGAUCAUGUAAUUCCUGUGUUAUUUCUUUAUUUUGGAUUGUGCAAUGGAAUAUUUUGAAUACAGUGGACUGUACAUUAGCUGAUGUUAGUUGAUCUUCUUACACACAGGCUUCAUCUUUACCAUUACGCCAGGUUACCUGAUUCUUGAUGUGUUUUUUGCCCCCUUUGUUUUCCCAUCUGAUAAACAAAUAUUAAAUGCUGAGUUGAUUUCAAA